CGCCAGCGCCGUGGAGCCUGCCUUCCCGUCCCAGAGCUUCUGCACUUCCCCUCUCGAAGGAGCAUUGGCCUGACUCACCAUGACUCCCACAGAAUUCGCAAGCCUUUUCCCUAAUAUUCCUGAUGACUACAGCUACGAGUCCACUUCUUCCAUGGACGACUACAUGAACUUCAACUUCACCGAGCUCUUCUGCAAGAAGAGCAACGUCAGGCAGUUUGCCAGCUAUUUCCUCCCCCCCUUGUACUGGCUCGUGUUCAUCAUGGGCACCUUGGGCAACAGUCUGGUCAUCCUCGUUUACUGGUACUGCACCAGAGUGAAGACCAUGACCGACACGUUCCUUUUGAAUUUGGCAAUUGCUGACCUUCUCUUUCUCAUGACUCUUCCCUUCUGGGCGGGCGCCGCUGCUGACCAGUGGAAGUUCCAGACCUUCAUGUGCAAGGUCGUCAAUGGCAUGUACAAGAUGAACUUCUACAGCUGCGUGUUGCUGAUCAUGUGCAUCAGUGUGGACAGGUACAUCGCCAUUGCUCAGGCCACGAAAGCCCAGACCUGGCGGCAGAAAAGGCUUCUGUACAGCAAAAUGGUUUGCUUGAGCGUCUGGGUGGUGGCGGCCACGCUCUGCAUCCCGGAAAUCCUGUACAGCCAGGUCAAGAGGGAAUCUGGCCUCACUGUCUGCACCAUGGUCUACCCUAGGGACGACAGUAUCAGGCUGAAGUUAGCUGUCUUGACCCUGGAGGUCAUCCUGGGGUUCUUCCUGCCCUUUAUAGUCAUGGCUUGCUGCUACACCAUUAUCAUUCACACCCUGAUGCAAGCCAAGAAGUCGUCCAAGCACAAGGCCCUCAGGGUGACCAUCACUGUCCUCACUGUCUUUGCCUUAUCUCAGUUUCCCUACAACUGUGUUCUGUUGGUGCAGACCGUAGAUGCGUACGCCAGGUUCAUUUCCAAUUGUGCCAUCUCGACCAACAUUGACAUCUGCUUCCAGGUCACCCAGGUCAUGGCCUUCUUCCAUAGUUGCCUCAACCCCGUUCUCUAUGUUUUUGUGGGUGAGAGAUUCCGCCGGGAUCUCGUGAAGACCCUGAAGAACUUGGGUUGCAUUAGCCAGGCCCAGUGGGUUUCGUUUACGAGGAGAGAGGGAAGCUUGAAACUGUCAUCCAUGUUACUGGAGACCACCUCUGGGGCACUGUCCCUGUGAGGGAGCCUCUCUCUGAGGCAGACGGUCCUUUUGGAAGUAACAAGUCACAGUUUACCCACUGUUUGGGCCAGGGAGAAAUCAAAGAAUAAGAAGGAAAUGAGAAAAAAUAAUCUCCGAAAGGAACUGGAUCUGAAUAAGUGUGCCAAACCAGAGUUUUCAAAACUGACUAUUCCAGAAGGUCACUGACUGACCCUCAUGUGAAAUAACUGCAGUUUUCAGGGGAGGAUUAGUGACCAGCAAUGAGGCCCACCCUGGCUUUGUGCUUGGCUGAGUAUUAAUGCAGUUCACCUCUGGAGCAGGUGCUGGAUUUUCUAGGGCUCUGUGGAUUGCUGUGGCUUUCAAAAGGGGACAAAGGAGCGCUGGUCACUACCACAGUCCACACAGGCAGAAGGUUUUGUGAAAGCUCCCAUCUUCGGGAAAUUUCCUUCCUGGUUUUGAGCCAGAUCUUACAGAUUCUUGACCUUGAAUCUUUCCAAACAUUCUCAGACCUAAUUCUCCCUUGGUCUCCUUGAUCCCUUCAGGGCCAGGGAGGGUCCUUGUUCCUGUUUUAAAAUUUAUCUGCAGGACUGGUCAGUGAGCCCCCUGGACAACUGACCAGACCAGAAGGAGGUUUUUCAGAGUCUGUUGACUUCUGAGUCAUUUGUGUGUCCUGGUAGAGGUUCUGUGACUUGCCUAGGGGUUGAUCCAGGUGAAGAUUCAGCUGGUCCACUCAUGGCCUGAGCAGGGAGGUUGACAGUCUGGAUUAGUGGGAGCCAGC